AUCGAUAGAAAUGUAUAAAUAAUCGACCCCCACCCCCCUAAAUCCCAACCGCUCAUUAAAGCGGUUCUCUCACCCGCGCUCGAUGGAUCGGAAUUAUUUUAGUAUAUCUAAUAGUUCGUACCUAAAAGCGUGCGUCCUUUUCAAUUUUAGACUCUACAGUAACGCACCAUCUUUCAUUAUCAACAAGAUAGCUGAAAUGUCGCGUAUACUAGUUCGGAUGUUCAAACCUCUUAGAUACUGUUCAAUCCCCUUUUGCUAGUUUCAUCGCAUUAUUAUAAAAUUAGCCUUCAUUUCAAGAAAUGCCGUACCCAAUAAGUGGUCAUUCGGGUACAGACAAACAAACUGUUAAAAGAACACAGCCUGACAGCCUGCGUAACUGGUCUUGGAAAGCUCUUAGUUGCCAGAAAGCUUCGGUGUGGAGCAGUAGCUAACUCGAAUUGCCUUAUCGUUUUUGUUUGAAAUUGCAGCCUGCUACGACAUUCAGAAGUAUGCCUAAUUUACUGAUUCUAUUCGGCCCGGUUCUUGUGCUUUACACGCUCAUCAAAUUGUCCAAGCGGCCUCCUCAUUUCCCACCAGGCCCUAGAGGAUUGCCGUUGCUGGGAUAUCUUUCGCCUGUGCUGUCCAAAAAGGAAUCAUUUUUCAAAGCCAUGCAAAAAUUAGCUAAGAAGUACGGACCGGUGACUGGCUUCUAUUUGGGACCCAAUCAGCCAUUGAUUUCGGUUGUCGGGACAGAGGCUGUCAGAGAAGCCCUGCAAAACAAGGAUCUCGACGGCAGACUUUGCGGUGCUUUACAACUUCAUUCUUUGACCUUUGGGGAGAGACUAGGCAUCACUUUUGUGGAAGGCGACGUUUGGAAGAAGCAGCGGAAAUUCACGCAUCGCCAAUUGCGUGAACUUGGGUUCGGGAAAACCUCGAUCGAGAACCAGAUGAUGAACGAGAUCACCGAAUUAAUGUCGAUUGUGGCUCAAACGGCUCAAUCGCAUCCGGAUCACGUUGUCGAUUUCGAAUCCAUUUUCUCAGUAUCGGUGAUUAACAUUAUUUGGGCAAUUAUUGGAGGGAAAAGUUAUCCUCAAAACGACCGAACGAUAGGCAAUUUGUCGUACAACAUCAGUCGAUUUCUCGAAAGCGGAGGGGAUCUUGUGACGGGUAAUUUGCCAGUUCCAGCGUUCCUGCUUCGCCUAUUCCCUUAUCUACCAAAACUGAUUGGAAUGAAAACCUAUUUGUUUAUGCCCAUACAAAAACUCAUUCAGGACACUAUUGACGAACAUUUAUUGACGAGAAUAAAGGAAGACGCCCCUCGUGAUUUCAUCGACGUCUACUUGGCCAAAAUGGAGGAACAAUUGAAAAAAGAUUGUUCAUCUACUUACAGCAAGAAACAGCUGAUAGCAAUAAUUCAGGACCUUGCCAUAGCAGGCUUUCACACUUCUUCCAGUACUAUUGUAUUUGCUAUUCUCUCGAUGAUUAAUUAUCCGAUAAUCCAACAGAAGGUGCGUGAUGAACUGGAAGAAAUUUGUGGCGAUUCUCUGCCGUCAUUAGCACAUCAACCAAGACUGCCCUACACUGAAGCUGUUUUAAUGGAAGUCAUGAGAAUGUCCCCCAUCGCCCCACUGGCUGUUCCUCAUCGUGCCAUGAAAGAUACACAACUUCAAGGUUUCACCAUUCCCAAGGGAAGCGUUCUUGCCAUUAAUCUCGAUUCGGUUUUCAAAGACCCAAUCGCAUGGGGCGAUCCGGAAAUAUUCCGGCCAGAGCGUCACUUGGAUCAGGAAGGAAAAAUAUUUAGAAAUGACGCCUUCAUUCCUUUUGGUCUAGGCAAACGCGUCUGUUUGGGUGAGGCGUUGGCUAGAAACACGGUAUUCCUAUUCAUUGCGUCGUUCGUGAAAACGUUCCAACUCAAAUCUCUGCCAAACCAGCCACCGCCGACGCUGGAACCCGCCAUCGGAUUCGUUUCAAACCCCCAGCCAUUCAAAGCCGUCGUCAUUCCAUGCGCUCAUUAGUCGUUCACUAUUCGUGCAACUUUCGUGAGUCAGUUGACACACACGAACCGACACGAACCAAAAUUUAGAAGACUCGGAGAAGAAAUAGCUCAGAUAAGGAAGCAACAUGUUUAUAGCCUCCAGCACUGGGAGAAACCAACAGUACACAUAGAUAACCUUGGGAACUGGGAAACUUUCAGUUGCGAGAACGUUUCCAUGAGAAACAGUCCGGAAACAGUCGAAGAAGUUUGAUUCUUGUCCAAAAAUUCAAAUAUGACUAUCUUAGUGAUUUUAUUCUGUGCGGUUGUUGCGAUUUACUUUUUCGUCAAAUUGUCACAGCGGCCACCCCAUUUCCCACCAGGUCCCAGAGGAGUGCCGUUGCUUGGCUAUGCGCCAUUGAUGCCCAGAAAGUCACCACUUUUCAAAGCCAUGCAAAAAUUGGCUAAGACGUACGGACCGGUGACUGGGUUUUAUUUGGGACCAACUCAGCCGAUGAUCUCCGUCGUCGGGACAGAAGCUGUCAAAGAAGCCUUACAAAAUAACGAUCUCAACGGCAGACCUUCCGGUGCAAUAUUGUUGAGUCGAACAUUUGGCGAGAGAUUAGGUAACUUGUGAUGCGUCAAAUGUAAUUUCGUUUGCAUGUUUCUAGCCUUAACGAGGGGGGGGGGGGAGUGAACUUGACCCUUACUGAGUGUAAACAAAAAAGGGCAAGCAGAGAAAACAGUCAUAAAUUUGUCUUACCUUUAAGCCUGGGAAAAACGGCCAGGCAUCCCAGUGUAGCCUACAAGUGUUCCAUCCGCAGUCAAGAGGCAGGAUAGGAAAUCCUCGUGAAUACACCCACAUUCACAAGGAAUUUUUUUAAAAAAGGGGUAGACGACGUACUUGGCCGACAUCGGUAGUUUCUCCAUUGGAACAGGAUACUGUUUAUCUAAAUAAAAGUAGCAAAUGAGAUAUGUGAAUUAUUGACAGGAAAAAUGUUUAAGUAAAAAAAAUUCAAGAGGAAAUAUUGGGUACAGCUCAAUCUUUAGUAAACAUUAGAAUUGAACUCUUCCUUGCUGCUUUCAUGCAAGUCAUGCAUCGUUACAGUAUCUAGCAAAUCAAAGGAAUGAUAUUAAUGAAAAUUUUUACCCCAGAGAUGAUGAUACUGCAUUGUUAGAGAUGUCCAUAUACCAGCACUAACACAACUGGCAUAUCUUGUGAUUCCGAUGGAUGGCUCUGCCCUCAAAUCUGCACAAGGGAAAAAGUUAUAUGAUGCAAAGAAAUUGGCAUGCAUUGACAGGUGGGCUACUUACACGAUGAAGCUACAGUCAGG